AUGAAGCAUCUACCGUACCACUUCACUGUGAGCAUAUUCAAACAUUUGCUAUGUUUCCCGCCGGAAAAAAAAAUGGAAAUCUCAAAUGAGGCGCAAAAAUGUAUCGGGGUGAUGGAAGCGGGAAAGGGAAGUAAUGAAAAAGAGGGAUGCAAAGAUUCAUUGUGUGGAAAGCCAAACAGUGAUAGUAAUGUGGUAGAAAGUAAGGCGGUAGAGGGGGCCGGAAAUAACACCGGAAAUUGCAAUAACAGUGAGACACCUAAGAUAAGCGAAGGGACAAGCGGCCAAAACCAAAGCGAUAUGAACAAAACCGUUAAGGGCAAAAAAAGAAAAAAUUCGAAGAAAAAGUAUUAUAGUAAAAAUAAGACACAGGCUGAUUUGUGUUCCUCAGAAAAAACGUCCAUCCAGGAGAACGGCUUACCUAGGAACAGCAGCAACCUUGGGGAGGAAAAAACAAAAGGCGAGGAAGGUACAAUAAAGAGUGAUGUAAAAAAUGCUUCAAAUGUUGAAUCGAUUGAAAAGGGAGACGGAGAACAAACGGGCAAUGGAAAUGGCAUAAAGGGGUAUACAAAUGCACAGGAAGUCGAAACGAGUAAUGUUAAGGAGGAUGAGGCGGGGCUGAACAAAACCCCAGACGGGGAAAGGAAGACAAAGAAAAAAAGAAAAAAAGCCAAAAGGAAAAAGAAGAAGGGUAAAGGUGCGGGGGAAGAUGAAGACAUUUGCAAAGGCCAUGGCAAAGGCGAUGACAAAGGCGAUGACAAAGGUCAUGGCGAAGCAGGUGACGAAGAAAUUAGCGGCUUGACAAAAAUUAAAGACACACUCCAAAAUGAUCAUAGCAAUGAAAAUGCCAGUACCACCACAGCCAUUAGCACCAACACAGAUUGCAACACAAGGAGGAAGAGCGUUGUCAAAAACACCAUCGACUCUGCGAACCUUUACAGCAAUAACCUUACGACCGAUCCUGUGGUAGACAACAAACAGAGCAAAAAGAAGAAGAAGAAAAAAAAAAAAAAAUCUUCUAAAGGGAAUCAAAAUGCGCAGCAUGGUGAGGCAAAAAAUGGGGAGGAAAUUUUCUCUAAAAAGACAAGCAUAAACCAUGAGGCUGUAUACAAAAUACCUAGCAAAAAUAUGACCAGAGAUGAACUUAACAAUCGGACAAAUUUGAUUUAUAAAAAUAGCAUUGGUUAUGGUUUUCCCCCGAAGAGUGUAGGUAGUAACUUCAGUUCGAAUCCAUGUGAAGCUUCGUGUAGUAAUGCCCCCCUUAAUUUUAUGAACAUGCAGACUAAGAGGAACAUGGUGCAAUUGUCCAAAAACACAAAUUGUAAAUAUGGAUUCAAUGUAGACAAUCAGGUAUACUCAAAUUGCAUGUACGGGCCGGUCCCCUUCCGCAACUCAAAUGAAUGCUACGAUUUUUCCUAUGAAGACGGGGUUCCCAAUGGCUUGGGGAAUUUUUUCUACGGAAACCACAUGUCGAGGAAUGCCCUAAUGGAGAGGACCCUUUCUUUGCACGGUAUGUACAAUGUGGGAAGAGCGAGUGCAUUGGCUGAUGUUGGCGCGGUUGACAGGAUUAGCGGGGUUAACGCCCUUGGCAUGGUUGACAGUGCUGAUGGCUUUGGCAGUUUCAGCGGAGCCAUGUUUAGAAGACAACGCAAACUGCCACCGCGGGGAAACGGUAACUUGGCUCAAGGCGCGAAUUAUGAAUUGGGCCUGAAGAAAGCUGAUGUGCCAAAUGGGCACAUGACCAGGUUCAAUUCAGUUGCCCCUAGCGCGAGACAUUUGCUCUAUGAACAGAACCAGGAGAAUCUAACUUUCAGUGAACGAGAUAGUAAGAAAAAGGGGCACUAUCAUAACGGGGAUAGAAGUAUGUCGAGGGGAGGACAGGUUCUUCAUGGAGGCGUCAACAACACGAUGACUGUAGCGAAAAUGGCUAAUAUUGGUACUGCAGUGAAGGAGGAAAACUUUUCCAGCGCAUCCAACCUUGGCUACUUUACUAAUGGAGCUAACCUAAACAUUAGAGGGGAGCACCCCCAGGAAGGAAAAAUCCAACUGAGCAACAGACCUGUGAUCCCAGGAAUGCGGAAUGAUGGCAUCUAUGGUCCUUUGCAAAGGGGGAAAUAUGAUGCAUAUUCCCCUCACCCAAAUGUUGAGAUGAUGAAGAACAGGAAGUUCACUAAAGAUAUGAAUGCUCCAUUCCAUCCCUUUAAAAUGCAGAACAAUGUGACUAACAGUAGAAGGGUUGCACUAAACGGGGGAGGAAGGGAAAACAACAUUGGUGAGAAGAGUGCACAGGGAGUAGUAGCAGCUAAAGAUAAGGAAGAAAUCCCCAAACUAACUGACCCAACAACCUGUGAAAGGGGAAGAUCUACCAACUUUGAAGUGAAUAAAGAGAUUCACAAAUUCAUAGACUAUUGUGUGAAGAAUUAUGGAGACAAAUACAUUGCAAAUGUUCUGCAUGAAUUCGCUCCAAAGGAGAUUGGAGAGAAGUAUGAUGAACUGAAGAAUAUUUUUAAAAUGAAUAUAAGUGAGGAAAACUUGAGCCAUUUACAGAUUCUGGAGAAGGAAGGGAGUGGCGAAUUGUGUACGUUUUUGAAGGACCACACUGAGGUGGGGGGCGAAGCAGAAGUGGAGCACGUGGAAUCGCUUAAAGGGGAAUCACAGAAGGAUGAACUGCUGAAAGGGGAGUCGCCUAAAGAGGAAUUGCUGAAAGAGGAAUUGCUGAAAGAGGAGUUGCCUAAAGAGGAAUUGCUGAAAGAGGAGUUGCCUAAAGAGGAAUUGCUGAAAGAGGAGUCGCCUAAAAAGGAAUUGCACAAAGAAGAACCGCUGGAAAAGGAACUGCUCAAGGAAGGCGCCCCUGCAGGCGGUGCGACAGACGCAGGGAACGUGUUCGAGGGGGGCCCAUCCCUAAGUGUGACGAUCCCCCCGGGACUGAGCCUUCCAGACAUAAACCGAGCUCUGCUGCACGGUGCCUACUUAGACAACAUCGCGGUGGUGAAGAAGUGCUUGGAGAAAAACGCAGACAUAAACUACUUUGACAAAAUUGGAAGGAGAGCUUUACAUUAUGCAUGUGCAGGUGGAUAUUACGAGAUAUGCAAGCUCCUGAUAGACAAUGGAGCGAAAGUGAACGUGUCGGAUUACAAGCACUGGACUCCCCUACACAUAGCUGUUACAAAGAUGCAUAAAGAAAUAACAGAGCUCUUAUUGAAAAACGAUGCCAACAUACAUGCCAUGCUACCCCAUUCGUUGUCCCCAAACAGGGGGAAAACUACAGCAAGCAUGUGCAUUCAUUUCGCAGCCAUUAAAGGUAACAAAGAAAUAACAGAGCUCCUACUACAAUAUGGGGCCAAAAUUAACGAUACAGAUUUGUCCAAUAGGACAGUCUUGCACUAUGCUGCAUAUCGAAAUAAUUCAGAUUAUUUGAAGUUUUUAAUUUAUGAGAAGAAGGCCAAGGUUAACAUCUUUGAUGUACACAAUAGGUUGCCUAUCCACUCGGCCUGUUUGGGUGGCGUCUUAAAAAAUGUCCAGCUCUUGGCAGAGAACAAGAGCUUCUUACAGAAGAAAGACAUUUAUAACAUGACCCCAAUGGAUAUCGCCACUAUUAAGAAGUUUAAGAACAUAAGAAAAUUCCUGGUCAAAUAUAUUAAUGAGAAUUUUUCUCCAAACGAUGCGGAAGAGGCUGAGGAGAAGAAGAAUAUCGCCCAGGUGGAAGUGAAGAACGAGGGGGAAGACUCGAAAAAUACAACAGACGUAAUCCCGCAUGAAGAAGAAGGAGAAGAAGAAGAACAGAAAAUGGAUCCGAAAGAAUUUUACAAUGAUAAUAAGAUGAUUAAGGACAUUUUAACAACGACCAUCAGCACCAUCCUGAAGGAAAGAAAUCGGGAUCAAAUAAAAAGAGUAGUAGACUCCUUGGGUGUCUAUAUAUCAUUGAGCCUUUUGGAGAAAACCAUUUUGAUUCAGAAUUAUGGAGGCAUAGACAUGGUUAGUAAGGAGGGUAAGAGAACCAACGGGGGGGUGUUUUUUUACCUCAUAAAGUACAUGUACAAAAAUGAUAUUAUAUCAAAGUUUAAGUAUGACUACAUUGUGGAGGAGGAGAAGGAGAAGAAAAAGACCUACAGGAAGUUAAAAAAAAAGCUUCUACAGGAGGAGGAAAAUGCCAAGGGUAGAACUGUCAAGGACAUCGAUGGGGGAGUCAGCGGGGAGGUUGCACUCGAGGGGAAGAAUAGCAACAAGAGGAACAAUAAAAUUAUGGGUCAAUCUAAGGACAUUCCCAAUGGCGGUGCAUCUUUUAAUAAUGUGAAAGGGGCUGUCUUGCAGAGUGUGCAAAAUGGUAGGGCGGCAGUGGUGGAUGUUAACGGCAACAAACCGUCAACAGGUUUCAAAACGCAGAAAACUACACGUGGUAAGAGCUCCUUGAGUACCCAUAAGGGGGAAGUGCAUCAUACCUGUAGUGAGCAAGUGGUCCAACUGUCCCCAAUGGCAACAGUCGGUACAUCGACCCAAUACAAUUUUAAUGCAUUAGUUGCCGAAAACGCGAGGAAUAACACACAUUUUAGUAAUCCUCAGAAUGACGCCCCCGUCAAGGACCCCCACAUGAGCAACGGUGAACAAGGAAAAAAAAAAAAAAAAACGAAAAAAAAAAAUAAUAAUAUAAUUAUUAAUAAUGAUAAUAAUACUAAUAAUACGGGUCAAGUUGUUGGGGUGGACACCCAAGCGGGUACCCUCAACAAUUGUGUGACAAAAGUGGAUGUGGGUUCGUCUUUCAUAAAUUUAUUGCAAAAUACAUACGGAGACAUGCAAAACAUGGUCGAGGCACAGGACCAGAGGAAACGCGCAUAUCACCUGAACGGGGUUGCGUGCGAGCAGGGGAACUUUGACUGGGGGCAUGGCGGGCGUUACAACAGCUUUGACGGUUUCGGUAGCUUCGGCAGGUUGGAUCAGUGGAACAGUGUUAUGAGCUUGAACUGCCGCCCCCCGCGCAGGAACCAAGUUAACAUGAACUUUCGUAACGGCAACAAUCAGGUGAGCAUGAACUUCCGCAACGGUAACAACCUGGUUAGCAUGAACUUUCGCAACAACGGGAACCAGUAUAGCAAUAGCAAGUCAAUUCGGAGCUACCAGAAUGAGUACCCAAUCCCAUAUGUGAAUGGGGUGCAAAAUAGUACCUAUGACUACACCGGGUGCGCGCAGAAUCCUGGGGUAUACCGACAUAACCAAAAUGUGUACAUGGUGAACAAUUUUUGUGCCCCCCAUGUGAAUGGGAAACAAAAAAUGCUUUCAAGCAACAUGAGCGGUGGACGCUUUCGGGGCUACCCCAAGAUGUAG